AAAGUCAAGCAAUCCUCAGAGAAGAGAUCCAGAAGAACCCUAGACCAGUAGUAUUGAGCAUCAAAUCAAUGGCUAGUAGCUGGAGAAGAUCAAUAGGGAACGUGAGGUCUUUCAUCGGAAAUUCCAUGGGAGGUCUUAGAGGAGGUCAGAGUGCCGCUUCUUGGGUCGUCGCCGGAACUAUUGCCUACUUUCUCUGGAUUAAGCCAGCUCAAGAUCUUAAAAAGGAACAAGAGGCGAGGGCAGCUCUUGCAAUGGCUGAUCCAAAUCAAUACGUUGAGAAGAGGAAACCAAUCGCUGAUCCUCAGGUUACUGGUUUGAUUUAUGGAAACAAGAACACAACUGAUGAUAAGCCACAGGAUUGAAUUUUCUGUAAGUUUGAACAUCUGGUUGUAAGUUAGCUUCUACAGUUUUGUCAGGUUUCCAUAUAGCUAAAGAUCAUGUAUAGACACUAUAGUUGUCACUUACAACGAAUAAAAGAUGGAAACUUUUUUUGUUACCAAACCAUCUGUGAAGGAUUUUAUGUGCAUUGUGAGAAUGAGAAUGGAUCUGAAACUUUAGUAUUGACUCCCAACUUUCUAUUAUUUCCUUUUAGUCUGUUCAGUUUGGCACCGAUUGGUUUCAUCGUUAGUAACUUUUUGAAGUUUGCCGGUUCUGAAACCGUUGCUGGAAAUUUAUACACGUUGGAUUCGAUUUUUUGUUUACCCUUGAAAUUAGUGAGAUGCAUCGACUUGCAUCGUAUCAGUUCCACGCAAUUAUUCUGUGGUUGGUUUGGUUUAUUCUACUAUGGUUGUAGGACUGCCACAAGGAUGGGUGAUUAUCUCGUGUCAUAUUAGGAAAGUAUGUUCUUUAGUUCUAUUGUGAAUGGAAACCUUCUUUUCAUGGGAUUGAUGUGAUGCGAUUGACAAUGGACCUCUGUUUUUUUUGUUGCGUAUAAUAUUGAAGUUCUUCCCUCAGACUUUUGGAGCAAUAUGCCUUAGUGUCCUUAUCUUGGAUGUUCUAUGAGUUGGUCAGAUAGAUUUGGUUUGUUCUGCUUUGCGUUCUUGGAUUCAUUCAGUUUAGUGUGCUUGUUGAUCAAGCCUUCUUCUGAAUUUGUAACCAUCGGAACCAUACGUAAUGCAUUGCAAGUUCUUUGGUUGAACCUUUCAUGACUUUGGUAUCCAAAAGCCAUGUUCAUGGAUCGCUUUAAUAGUUGGCUCAUUACUUUAUCUAACUGUAGUUUGGUUAUAAUAUAGGUUAAUCUAAAUA